AAUAAAAGAAAAUGCAAUGCAAUUACGUGUAGAAAAGAAGAACGAAAAAAGUGUCACAUGGCCAGCGAGUGAAUGCUGAAUGGUCUACCAUUACCAGGAGGAGGCCGGAGAAGCCGCGUCGGCGGCCGGUUCUGGGCCUGCACGUGUUUUCCCCCUAUUUUUAUUCGUAUUUAUCACCGCAAAAAUCAAAAUCAGAAUCGCUGCCAUCCAUUUCCAUUUCCAUUUCCAUUUACGUUCCAUUCCCCCUCCCUCACCUCUACACUUGAGAAAGAGAGGGAAGAAGAACCAAGAGGCAGGUUUCUUUUUAUAGGAAGCUAGACCGGAGCUUUCAGGGGGAAGGCUUGAAUAUUUUAUUUUAAUCUUCCUGCUCUUCCUUCUCCUCUUUCUUUCUUCCAUUCUCUCCCUCUAUUUUGUUUCUGUUAUUUGGUGGGUUCGUUGCCUUUGUGUUCUCCUGUCCUGGUGCACUGUGAUUCACUGAUUCUGAUUGCCGUGAUUCACGCCAAUUUCUCCAUUUACGCCUUCUCUCUCCUCCCGUUCUUCCUUUUCUAUGCUCUGAUAGAAGAAGAAGCGUCAGUCUCUGCCUCUGCCGCCGCGAAUUAAUGGAGAGCGACUGCUGCUCACCGUCUUAUCUGCAACCGAAGCUAUCCAGGCUAAGAUUAGCUUUCUGCUGAUUUUUUUCUUCUUUUCUAAUUAAGGGGUGGUGGCGCUUAAAUUUGUUAGGAUUAUUUCUGUUCACAUUUUUUCAACAGUCUAUCAGUCCUCUCCGCGGCUAAAUUUCCCUUUGGCUUCUAGUAAAAGAACAAUCUUUUUUAUCUGUUGGUGAUCUGUUUUCAUGUUUACUAGCUCAUUUCAUGCCGGGAUUAUUGUUCUUCUUCUUGUUGUUGUUGUGGUACCAAUUUGAUUUGGGGACCCGUUCUCAAGUUUCCUUAUAAUUGCUGCUAAAAGAUGACUUUGCUAUCGAGCCCUUGUACUUCGAGGUGUGACUUUUCCCCGCAGUUGUUAUGCUUUCUGCCCUCACUCUGCCCAUGUAAAAUCGAUGAGGAAAUACCAAGGAACUUGAGCUUCCGAUUUGUUAUUAGUUGCCCCAGAAGAAGAAUAAGAAGAAAAAGAAGAAACGGAUAUCUUGUGGGAGUUUUUCCUCAUGAGAAUUCCCGGCCGGAACGGAUGAUUGUUCGGACAUGCAUGGUUCCAACUGAAGGAGGAAGAAACAAUUUGAAUUUGGGACCUCUUGCCCAUUCUGCAAGUCCUAGAACAAAAAGUUUUAUUGUGAAGCAGAUGGCAUCUUCAGAUGACAAUUUGUAUCGUGAUCAUCUUGAUCAAAGAGACAUAUUAUCUCAAGAGUCAUCAUCAUCGUCCAGUCAUAUGGGUACGGGACCUAUGAGUUCAAGUUUUACUAACUUCCAAGAAGACCCUAUUGUAGAUAAGCUAAGGACGCAACUAGGGGUGAUACAUCCAAUCCCGGCACCUCCGAUUAGUCAGAGGAACAUUGUAGGGUUAUUUGUCUUCUUUUUCUUUGUUGGGGUUGCUUUUGAUAAACUGUGGACAUCCAGGAAGAGGAACAAAUCUGAUAGCAGUGUCAAGGGCCGGCAAGGCACUUGGCCUCAGGUUCCUACAAGCUUUUCUUUGUUCCUUGAGAAGGAUUUGCAGAGGAAAGAGUCAGUGGAAUGGGUAAACAUGGUUUUGGGGAAGUUGUGGAAGGUCUACAGAUCUGGACUUGAGAAUUGGAUCAUUGGGUUGCUUCAGCCAGUCAUUGACAAUCUAAAGAAGCCUGAUUAUGUGCAGAGAGUUGAAAUAAAGCAAUUCUCAUUGGGCGAUGAGCCAUUGUCUGUUAGGAAUGUUGAACGCAAAACCUCACGUCGUGUUAAUGACUUACAGUACCAAAUAGGCCUCCGUUAUACUGGUGGUGCCCGUAUGCUAUUGAUGCUUUCACUAAGUUUUAGCAUUAUACCUGUUGUCGUACCAGUUGGUGUUCGAGAUUUUGACAUUGAUGGUGAACUUUGGGUUAAGUUACGGUUAAUCCCAUCAGAGCCUUGGGUAGGAGCUGUUUCAUGGGCCUUCGUUUCACUUCCAAAGAUAAAGUUUGAACUAUCACCAUUUCGCUUGUUCAAUCUGAUGGCAAUUCCUGUUCUCUCAAUGUUUUUAACAAAACUCCUCACUGAGGAUCUGCCCCGGCUAUUUGUACGUCCAAAGAAGAUUGUUUUGGAUUUCCAGAAGGGCAAAGCAGUUGGUCCUGUUCCAAUUGAUUUCAAGUCAGGAGAAGUGCAAGAAGGGAAUAAGGAUUUUGUGGGAGAAUUAUCUGUAACUCUUGUAGAUGCUCAGAAGCUAUCUUACAUUUUCGGGAAAACUGAUCCAUAUGUAAUUCUAAGUUUGGGCGAUCAAGUUGUGCGUAGCAAAAAGAAUAGUCAAACCACUGUCAUUGGGCCUCCUGGGGAGCCAAUUUGGAAUCAGGAUUUCCAUAUGUUGGUUGUCAAUCCUGGAAAACAAAAAUUAUAUGUCCAAGUCAAGGACUCACUUGGAUUCACCAAAUUCACUAUUGGUAGCGGAGAGGUUGAUCUGGGAUCUCUUGAAGAUACUGUACCAACAGACAGGAUUGUGGUCUUGCGAGGUGGUUGGAGAGUCUUUAGUAAGCAAUCAUGUGGAGAAAUACUCCUUCGACUUACAUAUAAAGCUUAUGUUGAGGAUGAAGAAGACGAGAGGAUGGUAGAUGGAUACACGGAUACAGAUGCCUCGGAUGAUGAGUUGUCUGAUCCAGAUGAAUCUACACCAACCUAUCAGCAGGGUGCGAGAAAUUUGUCUGAUGGGGUGGAGAAAGAAUCGUUUAUGGAUGUUCUAGCAGCUUUGAUUGUCAGUGAGGAAUUUCAGGGGAUAGUGGCAUCUGAAACAGGAAAUAUCAAAACCUCUGGCAACGCUAACAGGAUACCGUCAACAAGUUCAAGAUCACGCGAGGUUGGAACCAAACCAUCAAGUCCUGAUGGCGGUUCUGAAGGCUUUGGAGGGUCUGCCUUAUUUUGGCUUGUGGUGAUCACUAGUAUCUCAGUCCUGAUUGCCACGAAUAUAGGGGGUUCAAAUCUUUUCAAUCCUUGAGACACGACAGUUAGGUAUUACAGGUAUAAUGCUUCUUUCACCCUCUACCCAUCAGCAACUUAAAAAAAAAAGAGUUGACUUCUACAUCUUGGCAUAUUUCCCUGAAGGCGUGUUUCCUCUGUGAAAAUGCAUCACUUCCUGAGGAUGAUAAAUAACAACACUAUGGAAGAUAUAAACCGAAGUAACUACUACUGGAUUGUAUGCACCAGUAGAUUGUCAUUCAUGUAGUUAGCGCCAUCUUCUGAACCAACAUUUUAGUAAAGAGGGUUGGCUCAUUGUCAGGUCAGGAAGGAUAUAGGGUAGAUAUGGCAGUGGAUUCUACAACUAGUCGAAGAGAAUGGCAAUGGCAUCCUAGUUUGCAUAGUUAUUUGGGAUUGUAUGAGCAGAGGAAUCAUCAAUCUUCUAUUUGCGGCAGCAAGGUUUUUGAUCUUUCAUUUUGAGAAGCUCCAUCUGUAAUGAAGUGUAAAUUCUUGCGUCUGCGUCCAUUUUGACGAUAUGCUAUUUUUUUAAAUUAUUAUUAUUAUUAUUAUUUUGA